CCCCUUUUGUCACGUGAUCGGCGGAACGUGUGACGUACUUCCGGCGGUAGUAAUGACCCGAAACCGGGUAUAGCUUCGAAUCGAAAGUCGUCCGUCCUUAGACACUGCAAGUAUCGUCUACUUCCUGUACUAAACCGGUGCUGUAUUGAUUUGAAAGAAAACAUGGGUGACAUUGAAAAGGGAAAGAAGGUAUUCGUGCAGAAGUGUGCCCAAUGUCACACGGUCGAGAAGGGAGGGAAGCACAAGGUCGGGCCCAACCUUUGGGGUCUGUUAGGCCGCAAGACCGGCCAGGCAGAAGGCUUUUCUUACACAGACGCAAACAAGAGCAAAGGUAUUGUCUGGAGUGAGGAAACACUUAUGGAGUACCUGGAAAAUCCAAAGAAGUACAUUCCAGGAACAAAGAUGAUCUUUGCUGGCAUCAAGAAGAAGACCGAGCGUGCUGAUCUGAUUGCAUAUUUAAAAUCUGCAACAUCCUAAACAGUACCAAUGUUCACUUAAUUUAUAUGUACAGUCUGCUCAUAUAAUAUUACUGUGGCAUUGGUCUCUUAUUGACACCGUUUUAAAUUUAUAAUAAGCCCUUAACAUCAACAUUUCUGGGUUUAAUAUCAUUGUUUUUCUGCAUGUGUCUAUCAAGUGAUGAAAUGGUUAAAUUAAAAUCAGCUAUGUUUUACACCACUAUUGAUCUUUCAGUGAGGUCAAAGAUUACUGGAAGUGCUUUUUGGUUUCUAACAAUGUAAAGGAUUCCCCUGGUGAUGGUUUACAGGUGAUGUGCAAUUUCUUAUUGCCUUGUUUUACACUAUGACACUGUACAUUUUAUACCUCGUGGUUAGGGGAAGGGCCAUCUGCUUAGUAAAGGUGUCAUUAAAUGGAUAAAACGA